CACGGAAUCAUUUCCAGUCCAACAACAGCAUAAAGGUGCCAUGCUGCUCACAAACGCAGAUCAAAUGUCGACGUGUAGAGAGAGAAGGAAAGAAAAAGAUGUGAGAGUGACGAAGCGAGAAGAAGUCAUGCUUCACCAUUUCGCCCGUUCGCCGGAGAGAGCAAGCACGUCUCAACUGGCUUAUCAGUGAAAGCAAAUUGUCGUGAAAUUUGUCUACUGAGAAAUAGUGGGAAGUAAUAAAGUAGUUAGGCAGGAGACUGUUUACUGAGGCGCACUGACUGAAUCUGCAAGUUUAAAUUUAGCGAAUUAGUGGUUAAAAUGAAUUGGAAUCCACAUAUGGACGUUCAGUACAUGAACUCUAGCUACCCUUAUAAUUCAGCCGGAAGCUUUAUGGAAUACUUCGAAGGCCUUACCUAUGAACAUGUGAAUUUUAUUUUUGAUGGGGCCUCUCAUGUUCAGGAAAGUGUGUAUCCUUCAAUGAAUGCUAAUUUCUACAAGUUCGGUGUGUCCCAAUCUGGGGGUAGUUUCUAUUAUGAUCAUAUUCAUGCUGAUGAGGUCCAUGAUCAUGGACCACAAAUUGAUGACUAUAGAAGGCCCUUGGAGAAUUCUUCUACAAUGACUAAUGUGCCAACUGGUGCUGUAAAUGCAGAACGGGAACGAAACGAGAACAUGACUACUCAAAAUGAUCAUGUUGAAUGCUUGCGAAGACAUCAGAAUGCUCAAGAUUUUCAGGUCAUUUGGCAAGACAAUAUUGAUCCUGACAAUAUGAGUUAUGAGGAAUUAUUGGAAUUAGGUGAGACAGUUGGAACUCAAAGUCGUGGUCUUUCCCAAGAACUUAUUUCCUUGCUUCCAGUAUCGAAGUACAAGUGCAGCUUUUUCUCAAGAAGGAAAUCAAGAAAAGAGAGGUGUGUGAUUUGCCAAAUGGAGUAUAAGCGAGGUGACCAGCGGAUCACGCUGCCAUGCAAACAUGCUUAUCACGUGGGUUGUGGGACUAGAUGGCUUAGCAUCAACAAGGCCUGCCCCAUUUGUUACGUGGACGUGUUUGGUGGCGCAUCAAAACCUUAGGAAAUAUUUACCGGUGACAUAACAAUUUUCUGCUCUUCUGAAUUCGGUAUUUUUCACUGCACACAUACAGAGUUGCUUGUUUGGGUUUUUCAUUUCUCAUGUUUAGAAAAGAAUCACUUGUAAUAAAUUGAGUUGGAGACUUUGUGAGAGAUGCUCCUGAGAUUAGGGAUUGUGUCGUUUUUUAUGAUCCUAUCUUCCACGGACAUCCACUACUCUCUUCGUUUUUUUUUUUCAAAGAAAAUUUAAAUCA